AUGUCUCAAAGUCUUUUUUAUGACGCGAUCUCCUCGACAUAUGAGGAUGGUGUAGACGAUCUUUCCUGCUUCACACCUGAUAAUAUUCAAUCCCUUACACCCGACUUCGCUACUAGCAGUCAGCAAACAGUUGAUUCUAUUGACUCCGACCCCUCGUCCGACCGUUCCAUCUCCCUUCCACGCGUUGGCCCUGGCCGCUCGAAAGCCUAUGUCCUCUACGAUUCUAUGGUUCAUACUGAAUGGAUAUGCUGCACUGCAGGUAUCUGGGAGCACUACUAUCUGGUUGCGAGUGUUACUGAUGGCUCUCCGAAGCUAAUGUGUCAGCGCUGCAGUCAGAUUCUUGAGCAUCCUUAUAUGCUACGCGCCCAGGGUUCAGGUCGACAUGGAACAUCUACGAUGAUAAGGCAUUAUAAAGCCCCUAUGACGAAGAACCCAGAGUUUAGCCAAGAGAAUUGGGAAAGAGAGCUCUUUAACUUCAUUACAGUUGCUCAUCUUCCAUUUCGUCUUAUUGAGCAUCCAGAGUUCUGUUACGAAAUCUUUUGA